CUCAGGCAUCAAAAUUAUUCAAACACUUCCUUCUUUUUCCAUUCAUAAACACAGAAAGCAAUGGGUUUUCGUUUUCCAGGAAUCAAGAGGAGUUCCUUUGCUGCAAAAGCGGCUUCUUCAAAAUCUGGUGAAGUGCCAAAGGGAUAUCUUGCAAUAUAUGUUGGACAGGAAACGAAGAGGUUUGUGAUCCCUGUAUCAUAUUUGAAUCAACCUUCAUUUCAAGAGUUGUUAAGUGAAGCUGAGGAAGAAUUCGGGUAUGAUCAUCCGAUGGGAGCUCUUACUAUUCCUUGCACGGAAGAUUUCUUCCUAGAAGUCACUUCUUCCUUCAAUGGAUGCUAACCUGCAAAGGCAACAUUAACUUAGAUCAGUCAACACAAUUUUGUAUAGAAGGCCAUUCACAUAGUUUUGCUAUGUAUAGAUUUUCCCCCUCUUUUUCUUCCCCUAUACUUGGGAAUUGUCUAAUUAAUUGUGUCUGAAAGAUUUAUCAAUAGACAAUUUUCACACGAUUCCGAUCAAUUAUGAA